UUAUUUAAUUUCUCAUUAUUUAUUUUUAUUUAUUUCAUUAAUUCUUUUCUCCGUUGCGUCUUCUUUUUUUUCUUUUUCUCCUCAGUUGAAGCAACCACAGGAGAAAAAACCCUUAUUUUUUCACUUCUACAACUACCACCACCACCACAGAGGCGGAGAUAUCAGAAACCCAUUGCUCACCGAUUCUCUCGAUUUAUACAGGAAGGGAUUGAGAAUAUUUAGUUUUGUUUAAGUUUCAACUUUACCAUGGGUGACGCAGAAAAGGAUAAUCCUCCUACUAAAAAGAGGGGUGCCUUGACAGAAAUCUCACGAGACAACCCUGGUCUUGACGAUGACGAGGAAACUCAUGAUCAAGACACCGGAACUUUCAAAAGAGCCAGUGAGGAAGUUUUGGCCGCCAGAAGAAUUGUUAAAGUUCGUCGAAAAACUACACCUGCGGCUGCAUCUUCCAAUCCUUUUGCCGGUAUCAGCUUGAUUCCUCCUCCGAAAGCUGAAACUGGUGCAGUAUCAACCGCGUCGGUCGAAGCCCAGAUUGUUAGUCAGAAACCAGUUGAAGAUGAAGUGGAUAGUGGUAUUGUGAAGGGAGAGUCUGAGACUGAAUCCAGAAAUGGAAAAGAUAAGCAGUUAGAAAGCAAAACUGAGGAAAAAACUGCUGAAUCUUCUGAGAGUGUGGAGAAACCUGUACCAAUUAGUGCGAGUUCUACUGACCCUGAGCCUACCAAGAACAAAGAAGAUGAGAAGGAAAAGACGGAAAAAAAUGGUGAGGGUGAGACUGAUCCAUCCGGCGCUACAACACCUCUGAGCUCAUUCGGGGGUCUUGCGAGCAACCAAAAUGCCUUCACUGGUCUUGCUGGAACUGGAUUUUCCAGUUCUUCGUUUUCCUUUUGUUCAAUACCGACAGACGGGUCUGCAUUUGGUUCUGGUUCUGUGUCUCUCUUUGGGCUGAAAAUUGACAAACCACCUACUUUUCCUCCACUGAAUCUAGGGAACUCUUCAAAUGGGAGUCCUGCAUUUGGUUCUACUGGGUCAUCGGAUGCUACUACAACUAAAGGUGGAGGAGUUGUGGCCCCAUCAAUGCCAGAGGUGCCUGUAGAAACUGGGGAAGAAAAUGAGAAGGCUGUUUUUAACGCUGAUGCUGUGUUGUUCGAGUAUCUUGACGGAGGUUGGAAGGAACGAGGAAAGGGAGAACUAAAAGUGAACAUUUCUACCUCUGUUGCUGAUCGAGCUAGACUUAUCAUGAGAGCCAGAGGUAACUUGCGUUUAAUAUUGAAUGCUAGUCUCUUCCCAGACAUGAAGCUUGCUAACAUGGACAAGAGAGGUAUAACUUUUGCUUGCAUUAAUUCUUGUACGGGUGGUGAGGGGAAAGAUGCCCUUUCUACAUUCGCUUUGAAGUUUAGGGAUGCGUCAGUAGUAGAAGAAUUCCGUGCGAUCGUUACCACACACAAAGGUAAAAAGAGUGCACCUUUAAAGACCCCCGAGAACUCCCCAAAGGCUUCUGAUGAUUGAAGAGGGUACGGAAAGAAAGAAAUCUUGUUGCUGUACGAAAUUCGCUCUUGGUAAUAGCUCCUGAAAUAUUCCUUUUUUUUUUCAAGUCUGCAGAGUAGUACCAUGUAAGGUGAGGUCUUAUCAUGUAGGUUAUGUUUAGAGUUAUAUAAAUUCGAGUCGUAUCCAUUUGGUUGGUGUGUGACGACAACCUAGUCUUGGGCAGAGUGUUGCAAACUUCUAUUUUUCUUUUCGGAUAAACUCAUUAAAAACUGCUAAUGUGCAGCUCUGGAUAUGUGGAUCUAAGUGUAACUUCUGAGACUGUGUUAUAGAAGAGGCGUCUUUGUUUUUGAAA